CACGAACCGGCUUAGUAUAACUUUCAAUCCCUAUAUAGCACGUCACUCCCAUCCUCCAUUCCAAUCUCCCUCCCUCCCAUCUUUUCUGAUCUCUCUCUUGAUCACACAUCUUAAAAAAAUAAUAAGCAAAAUUAUCAAAAUCAAUGGCAGCCAAUAAAUACAUAAUCUCAAAAGCAGAAGCUGAAUCCAUGGCCAAAUCAAAAGGCUUAACUGUCCCACAACUCCUUCCAUCACUCGUUAAACAAGCUCAAGAUCUUGCUCGUCCCCCAAUCUCCAACUUCCACGUGGGCACCGUCGGCUUAUCCUCCGAUGGCCGGAUCUUUUUCGGUGCUAAUAUUGAAUUCCCAGGUUUACCCCUUCAUCAUUCUAUCCACGCUGAACAGUUUCUGAUCACUAAUCUCGCCGCACACGGCGGCGGCCCAAAGCUUCUUUACAUGGCUGUUUCCGCCGCCCCUUGUGGCCAUUGCCGGCAGUUUCUCCAAGAACUCCGGGAAGUUUCCGAUACUCAGAUCAUAAUCACGGACGAGCAUCCAGAAAACAAUGAUUAUAAGCCCAUUUCGUCGAUCUUGCCACACCCAUUUGGCCCUUUUGAUCUUUUGGAUCAAGAAAUGCCAUUGAUUCUUGAAAAGCAUGACAACGGUUUGUGUUUCAAAGAUGAAAACUUUAUCACACAAAAUGGGAAUUUAUCGAAUUUGGCAAAUGGAUAUUGCGAAUUGGCAAAAAAGAAUGAUGGGAUUUUGAAAUUGGAAGCUCUGGAGGCGGCGCGUGGCUCUCACGCGCCGUACAGUGGGUGCCCGUCAGGGGUGGCAUUGAUGGAUUGUGAUGGGAAUGUGUAUAAGGGAUCUUACAUGGAGUCUGCGGCUUAUAAUCCAAGUAUGAUGCCGGUUCAGGCGGCGUUGGUCGCGUACAUGGUGGCUGGAGGCGGUGGGUAUGAGCGGAUCAUGGCGGCCGUGUUGGUGGAGAAAGAGGGGGUGGUAGUGAGGCAAGAGGAUACUGCUAGGUUAUUGUUGAAAUAUACUUCACCCAAAUGUGUGUUGACAGUUGUUCAUUGUGUGUAAUUUGAUUGAUCUAAGAUUAUGAUGCAAGAUAAUUAUGGUAAUUGAUCAACAUGUUAAUCGAAUAAUUAUCCAUCUGAAAUUA